CAGCACCACCAGCAAGACGUCUCGCCGUUCGCCCUCCGCCUAUACACCUUGUUUCCGCAUUCUUCACUUCGUUGGGAGCCUGGCGACUGGCGGACGAUGGACCUUCGAGGCGGCGAGGACCCCCGCGACUGAGAAACGCAUUUCUACUUCUUUUCCCAGUUUCAUCGCGGACCAGGCAGGCCAGACUUACCAGGCAGGCAGACGCGGGAGAAGCGCUUCCAGAAGGCCCUCUACAUGGCAUGCGAUGAGUGCUGGGGACAAUGACCGUGCCCUCGCCCGCAGAUGGACGCACUCCCAUCAGCAAUACCGUGACGCCGAGCCUCUACACCGACCCGAGUAGCAGCCCACCACCCGAACCGCUGCUGGUGGCGCCGCCGACUGCUCCAUUCGUCUACCCGCCGCCGAACAAUUCGAGCGCCUCGCCCACGCCGACGCAUUCUGCACACUCGACCCGCGAUCCCAGCGUCACACGAGGACGAGCACUGAGCGCGACUGCUUCACGCAAUGCCUCGCCGCGAGCCCUUACACCAGCGGGGCCAUCCACGCGGGCACAUGCACCCAAGCAGAGUAUCGAAAUCGAUCGCAAGCCGUCCGUGUCGUAUAGUCAUCACCGACAAGCGAGCAUCGUACAUGGCGUGCAGCACUCGCGUAAUCCAAGCCUGAUGGCGUCGGCAAAUAGUAGUCCUUUGAGUCCGACGAAAAUCAUGUCCGCAUCGACAUCAGCUCCCCAGGACUUUGGGUUUCCGGCAAACCUGAAGAAGAGCCCCUCCACGUCGCAGCUUGCACAAUUUGGUGGACCGCAGAGUAAUGGAAGCAGCCCGGUCAAUGCGGCAGCUGUCAACAAGAGCUUCGAGAGCGUUGUCGGGGGACAUCGAAGGCCAGAGAGAAUGCAUAGUGGUCGCUUGAACAGACCCAAUGAGCACAAUCGAUCGCAGUCGAGAGCACAUGGCAGUGGUAAUGGACAAGAGCCUAAGACCGUGGGCGAAUAUGCGUUGCAUCACUUGUUCACUUCAUUUAUUGCGGAAGCAGACGAACGCAUCGAAAGAUGCAUGCCGAAGCCCGGAGAGCCGGAGCCGCGUAUUGAGAACAUAUGCGGCGCAGGAGCGGAUCUGGCUUUUGAUCAGCUUAUAUCCUCGCUCGGCCACAUCAAUCGGCACAAACCGAACUCAUUAAUCGAUUCAGUAAUUCAUUGGCGGAAGAAGAAGGCAGAUGCGGCGAACAGUGUUUACACUGAAUUGCGAGCCAUGCGAGAAGCGGCAGGCUUGACGCAGAGGACGAUUGGCAGUGGCACAUACUCGACCCCAACUUCGCCCAACGGGUCAGAACUCAACAUUAUGGAGCAGAGGGUCAUCACAGCAGACCGGAGAUCGACUGUUUCGAUCUACAUCCUUUGUCGUGUGCUGAUCGAGAUCAUCGGGCAAACGACGCUGAAAGCUCUCAACGGACCGGACAAUUCUUUGAAUACCGCCGGAAGACUGGAGGAUGUGAUAUAUGGUCAGCUACAGAGCGCUGAUCCUGACCUGCUCGCAACGUCCUCUGUUAUUCGCGCGAAUUGGGUGAUUCGAGGGCAGCUGCUUGGCGUGAUGAGCGGGAUAAGAUUUGAGCAAGUGGCUGAACGCUUUCUUCGAGACUUGGAGGCGGCUCAGAAACGGCUCGGGCUCAAAGGAGUGGUAGACCACAAGCUCGCGGCGAAGACCUCGCUUCUGGUGCAAAGCAUGCGGUGGCUCAAGGUUCGAUCCCAACCUGAGGCGGAAUGGAUUAAAUCGUGUGAUAUGCUUCAUAUUCUGGCGAAGUUCUUCGCCGAAGUGCACGGCCGGACUACGAAGCACGCGUACGCGGAGCUUUUCGAACAUCUCUUGCUCCCAGUAGCUGCAACAGCGACCACCGAGCUGAAUCACCCCAAGUGGAAGGAAGUGGUGGCCAUCAUUCAGCCAAAAAUAACGCAAAUGCUGUCGAAAGCGGAUCACUGGCCAUAUGUGUAUCCGCUCCAGGCUGUAUUAUUAUGCGCGUCGCCCGCUGAACAAUUUGCAACGCAAUGGCUGCCUCUUGCAGUGAACUUCCAGCCAAAGUCCAGAGAUCGAGCAGGACGAUCGCACGCACUGAAAGCUCUCUGCAGGUUGACGUGGCGAUAUCUCUACAGAUUGGCUGACUCGCCCAAUGCCAUCAUGCGGAAGUUGGAAGAGAUCGUCAAGCUGGUAUUCCAAGGUGGCAAGCGAGUGCUCAUAUCCACGGAUCCAAUGAUCGCUGAUCCUCUUAUUCAGCUCAUUCGGAUCAUCGGAUUCAAGCACCAGGACUUCUGUUUUCGGUUCAUCAUCUUCCCGCUCAUGAACGCUGAGCUGUUCUGGGGACCCGUGAAAGACUUGAAGAUUGAGAAUCUCGACCCGGAAAAGACAGUGAUCGCCAUCCGAGCAUUCUUGGCCAUCAUGAGUGACUUAGAAAAGGGCGAGGUGCCUCCAUUCCCGGUUCGCUUUGAGUGUGAUGCAUUAAUGGAUCCCUCGUCAAGAUCACCCAUCACCCAUCGACGGACGCGCUCGCAAGGUUUCGCAGUGUCCGCCGGACGGACCGAACGUUUAUCACGACCAGUAAUGACUACGAAUCUUAAUGACAUUGCGAAAGAGUACUACGUCAAAUUUUGCAAGAUGCUUGGCCACUUGACGAUAAUUUGCGACAAUACAUUUGGUGGUCAAGCCGUGCUGGACGAAAAGUUUGCUUCACAGACGACGCCGAAGACACCAAUGGCCGAUGCUUUCACGUUCAACAGGAGAGACGACUUCACGAAUCCGACGGAUCUACGGCAACAUUACUACGACCUGCUGCAUGUUGCUGUUGAAGCGUUACCACGAUGUCUUUCGCCGCAUUUGCCCAUCAAUUCUCUUGUCAAUCUGCUCUGCACUGGCACGGCGCAUGUACAGUCUCAUAUUGCCACUUCCUCUGCGCAGUCAUUGAAAUCAAUUGCGCGACAAUCAUAUGCGCAGCAGGUCACGAUUGGAUUUGCUCGCUUCAUCUUUAAUUUCGAUGACCGGUAUUCUACCGUGUCUGAUGGCAGCCUUCUGGGCCCGGGGCAUAUUGAGAACACGCUGAAGCUCUACGUGGAGCUUCUGCAGAUCUGGAUCGACGACAUCCAGCAAAGGACGCGAAAAGUGGCAUCAGAGCCGAACGACGAGGACGAAGGCUCGAAGCCACUACCUCUCGAUCUGUCGGGCAUAUUGGCACAUGUCGACGAAGUGGAGUCGCACGGUCUGUUCUUUCUGUGCUCUCCUUCGAGAGCUGUUCGAGCUGUCGCAGUGAACGUGCUGCGACUGAUCACAAAAUUCGACACAGCUCUGGGCAAGCCUAGCAAUCGCAUUAUAAGCAUUCUGGAAGGCGGCUCGCAUCAAGUUAUCGACGUCAACGAUGAACGACUGACGUUGGCCGAGCGAAGUCGUCUACAGAAGGGUCUCCGCAAGAGCAAUGUCAGUGGCAGUCUUGUUGAGCUGUGCAGCAGUGAUGUGGCACACGACCAGAACCUGUGGUUCAAGGUGUUCCCGAACUUGAUUCGACUCAGCUCGGAAAUCUGCUUGCACGCUGUGGCCUUAACGAGAGAGCUCGUGUGCCAGCGGCUAUCUCACAGCUAUCGUGCCAUCGGCGCUUUGGCUGACGGGCAAAAAGCGAUGGAGCAGGCCUACUCUAAUGGCAGGCCUGGACCACGACUUCAUAGCACGGCUCCCGAGGUGGUGAUCGAGCAGUGGAAGAUCCACCUCAUCUUUGCUUGUACGACUUUGACCAAUAUUGGCGGCUCGCCAACUCAUCUUACAGUAUCGAGCCAAUCGACACAACAUACCCGCAAAGGCUCCAAGUCUUCGGCCACGAGUCAAGAACGAAUUGCCUCGGCUUCGGAGCUCUUUUCAAGAGUUGUCCCGUUCCUGUCUGUACCGAACGCAGCGAUUCGACAUGCAGCUGUCAUUGGACUAGGCGCAACGAAUGCCACGCUAUUCCAGAGCCUGCUCGAGACUUUGCAGCCAUAUGUCUUGGCAUGCACUCAAGAAGCCAAGGAACGUAUGGCUGCUCAUCAACGGACCAUCAGCACAAGUAUGAGGCGAAGCAGACGGACUGACUUUCUUAGAACGGAGAUCACACACCUGCUGAGCUUGACUGUUCACUUGCUGCAAAGUCCAACCAUUUCUAGUGAGGAGUAUGUGAUGCACUACAUGAUGGAUUACACAAAACACCUCCGAAUCUUCCUGAGCGACACAGAGAUACAGGGCGAGCUCGAGUUCCAGAAACUAAGGACACACUUCUGCUUGCUCGUAGAAGGCUUGUAUGAGUGCAUUAGGAACCUCAAGGACGGCUCAAACUGGAUGUCAUUCCAAGCGAGGCAAGCAACCUUCUCACUCAUGGAGAAUUGGUGUGGCUUCUCGCCUAUUGAAUCGCAGCUGCGACGCCAGCAGGAGAAUGUCCGACGUUCUAUUCUGGAACGUGAGGGAGACAUGCGUAGCAGAGGCAUCAUCAACUCUGCUAUCGAGAAGGAGAAGACCGAGCUCAGUGCAGCAGCACUUAGCUCCAUGGCCUCGCUCUGUGCUGGCCCGCUUCGAUUCGUGGCGGAUGGCAAAGUGCUGAUGCAGUUUGACAUUCGACGCAUGCUCUCUUGGAUCAGCGCUAUCUUUGAGGCACCCAGCGACCGAACUCACUCGCUCGGUCGUAAAGCACUGCAGAACCUAAUCGUUCACAACCCUGAUCAAUCAGCACUGAUGGCACAAACAAUGCGCAUGUGCUACGUAGCUCGAAGCCCGAAAGCCCUUGCUAGCUACUUUGAGGUCGUCACGAAAGUGCUCACAGAGCAUAGCAACAUCGCAACGCCGUUCUGGAAGAUCUUGUGCGCCGGCCUUUAUACCCUUGGAAACGAGAACAACGAGAUUCGAAUGAAGUCAGUCAGGCUGCUGCGUACACUCGAAGAGCGACAACAGAAGACAUCUAAGCUGCAAGACCUGGACAUCAGUGUUUCUGACAAGACAACGGCAGUAUACAAGCUGGCACAGUUUGAGAUCUCGCGUCGCUUAGCAAGCCAGCAUCCUGAGCUUGCCUUCCACGUCUUCUCUGAGUUCUCUGCAUACUUCAAUGAACUGCAGCCCGACCAUCAGCGGAACAUGGUAUCUGGAAUGCUGCCGUGGAUUCAGGCGAUUGAACUGCAACUAGAUCCUAAUGGCGGACCUACAGGAACAUCAUACAUGCUACUUGUCAAUCUGUUCGAGAUCACAGUGAAGACGGGCAUCACGCUGCACAACGAGAUUCAAGCACUCUGGCAGGCACUUGCUACUGGUCCCUACGCUGGCAACGUGCAGCUUGUGCUCGAUUUCAUCAUCAACAUUUGUGUGGACAAGAGGGAGCAGAACUUUGUCGUCUAUGCCAAACAGAUCGUGGUCUUCCUGUCCAAGACGCCUGCGGGCGCGCGGGUCGUCGAGUAUUUGCUCAUGCAAAUUUCGCCCAAGAACAUGGUUGCUGAACGACGUGCGCCCACGCAAGCACCAAUGGAGACACAUCACUUGCAGCUACCGUACGUUGCUGACUUGACCCAAGUUUUGCCAAGCGGCGCGAAACAGAGCGGACUCUCGCUCGGACAGCUCAGUAUGAUCCUUCUAGUCGAUCUUGUCGUCUCCCCACUGCAACUUCCAGCCGACAAGAUUCCGACACUGUUGCAGGUCAUUCUGGUUCAGUGGGAUCAGCACAUCAGCAUAGUUCAGGACCAAGCUCGAGAACUUCUUGUUCACCUCAUGCACGAAACAGUCAUCUCUAAGAUCAAUCCAGGCGCAACCGAGCCAGACAAGCAGUCUAUUGAGGACUUCAUCGAGUUGGUGCGCCGGCAGGACCCCAAAAUUGCCUGGUCUUACACAGACAGUGAGAUCCGCGCUGGCGAAGAGGACAGCCGUGCAGUCUCUGAGCCUAUGGCCUACGUGGUGGAUGAAGUGGUACGCAUAUUCUCGAUCGCAUAUCCUGGCAUCCGCGAGGAGAUGGGCAAGGUUACAAUGAACUGGGCGACAUCCUGUGCUGUGCGGCACGUUGCUUGCCGUAGCUUCCAGGUCUUCCGCUGUGUCUCGACUACUCUCGAUCAGCAAAUGCUGGCAGACAUGCUUGCACGUCUGUCAAACACGAUUGCUGAUGAUGAAAAUCACGACUAUCUCAUUUUCUCGUUGGAGAUCUUGACCACGCUUCGUAGCAUUAUCGCGGCACUGGAACCGCUGAGCCUGCUUCAAUACCCCCAGCUCUUUUGGACGACUUGCGCUAGUUUGGACACGAUCUUCGAGCGCGAAUUUCAAGAGGGGCUCAGCAUGCUUGAUCAACUUCUCAAGAAGAUGGACCUGAGCGAUCCUGCAGUUUUGAACAUUCUGCGCGGCAGCCAGCCUGAAAGGUGGGAAGGAGGUUUCCAAGGUGUUCAUGCACUCAUCUAUAAAGGAGUGCGUUCAAGCAGCUCAAUGGCUCGUUCUCUGCAGAUCAUGGAAAAGCUUGUGAAGCUGCCAUCCAGCGAUAUUGUUGGUCCUGACGAUCGACUGUUGUUCACGACAAUUGCGAACCUGCCAAGGUAUCUGCACCAUUUCGAGGAUGAAAGCGACCUGACGUGCAGAGACUCAGCAAACACACUUGCGUUCGCCGCUGAGAGUCAGAACUAUGUCGGCAUUGCAAGGGUUCUCACCGGCUUUGUGGAAGCAAAGUAUAGGAGCGGCAACGACUUCCUCGCCCAGUGUAUGCAAGCGCUUCGGACUGCUUUCUUCCCUGCGGAGGAGUUCAACACUCUGGUGUUUCUUCUCGGCAUGGUGAACAAUGCUACACCGUGGUUCAAGGUCAAGACAAUGCAAGUCCUUAAUGUCAUGAUACCAGACAUCGAUAUGCGUAAACCGGAGAUCACCAGCCACGGACCAGAUCUGAUAUCGCCGCUUCUUCGUUUGCUACAGACUGAGCACUGCCAGCAGGCACUUGGUGUUCUGGACAAUGUAAUCGACAUGACGGGAACGCCGCUUGACAACAAACACCUCAGGAUGAGCAUGGCGGGCUCGCACUCUAGUCGCGCUACUCGCAAAGAGUACGACAGCACCAAGAGCUUAUACGGCAUUCCGGAAGAAUCUGGCUGGUCGAUUCCGAUGCCCGCUAUCCAUUCGCAGCAGACCAGGACAAACGUGCACGCGGUGUUCUACACACUGGCUUACGCCGGCAUGAACGGCAUGCAAGACACCGAGCCACAGCCAACACCAGAAAUCGAAUUUGAUAAGGACGAGUAUCAGGAAUCCUACUUUGGCGAUGGUCGCACAUCAACCAUGAUGUCUGAUGACACUCGCGUGGCCGAGACCAAUAUUGGAGAGCUGGUGGAGAAACUCGAUACGCUUGACGACUUCUUCGAUGAUGGAGAGUCGCCUCAACCGUUGACUAAUGGAAACAGCCUGGCUCGAUACCCAGUUGACGAACGAGAGGAAUUGUACGAUCAGCAAGCAUUGCCAAUACUGCAUCGCUCUCUCAAGCGAAACGCGAGCAUCACGUCCUUCCAGACAGGGUUCGCUGAGCUGCGGUACCAGGCUCCUCAUCCACCCCCUAUAAUGAACCCAGCAGCUUUCGCUCAGUCCGCACGACAACCCACGCAGCGGCCAGGUCUGCACAAUCGCAGCAUUACCUCUCCAGUGAUGACCACCAAGGUGCCGCUGGGGCCACAAUAUGAGGUGCUGUCCGACAAUGAGGCAGACGUCGAGCCCUUCUCCGAUGGUGAUGAGGAUCACUCAAUUAGCAGAGCGAAUACCAACGAGGAGCAAUACCAGCCGAGUCAAUAUACCACCAAACCAGCAGCUGCUGGAACAGGAAGCUUCAAAGCGCUCCGAUCUGGAUUGAGGAGAUUGACGAGUAGUGGAGGCAACAAGGAAGCACGCGAGCAACUCCGGGCCGCUGUGGCCAACCCAAAGAGUCCAAACCCCAAGGUCCCGAAGAUGCCUGCGCCGUAUGCUAUGCUCGAAAGGGCGAAUACUACGCAAGGCCCAUUCAGUGCUGAACCAUGAUCUGAGCCGCAGUCUUUGAUUGUUUUGUUCUUGUUUUGAGGAAGCGGCAUUGCAUUGUACGAAAGAAUGAGAGAGAAACUUGUAGAUCGACACGAUGUUUACAUACCCAUUGCCGAAAUUGAUGUAUGUAGGAUAGUAUAGAUACCCCAUGAGCUGAGGAAAGGCUCGGAAACGAUCGUUUUGAUGUACACU